AUAGUACUUUUAUAAAGUUUAGGGCCUUGAUGAGCAUCGACUUAAGCCGACAGUAUUAUAUUAAUGGCCUUCAGUUAUUGUUAUUCAAAUUUUAAAGCAACCCCUACUCUUUCUUGAACAAGCGCACAAGGUAUAGCAAACGGCAGACGGUGUUGAUAUCUUCCGAGAGAGAAAUACGAAAGCUUUGUGUUGAAAAUCAAGAGAUCGAGGUGAAUUUGAGAAAAAUGGCUAGCGCGUGUUUUGGGAACGAAGGGCUUGACACUAAGUGCUGAAACAUGAAUGGAGAAGGAAGUCGUAAAUGCGCAAAGCAACUUUAAAGCAAACACGAGCGAGACCAAGCCAACGAGAGUGCUGGUUAUGAGCCCAAAAGUGUCGCGACAGAACAAAGCAUCGGAAAUUUGAGGCUGACCGUCAAGAGCCAUCGUCGUCAUCGGUUCCGCAGUCGACGCCGUCAGAUAGCAUGUGCGUUAACGUUUGUGUGUGUGUAACUUAUAAAAAGACAAAAAAAAAAUAAUUUAAAAAAAAUUAUUUUAUUUGUGGGAGUUUUAGCGCGUCCCUCAGAUAUGUUUUCCAAAUAAGAACUCUGCUGCUAUUUGCUGCCAAGCCAUUUGUUUUACAAUAAAGCUUAUUUCUCAAAAAUCAAGGCUUAGAAGUACAAUUUUAGUUAUGACCGUGAAAUCGCUGACGUCCCGACUAUGAUGUGUGGUUGGUAUUCGCUGACGGAGAAUCUUGUACUAGUCGGUAGAUAUUACAUAUUACUGUAUCCAAUUCAUGCAUCAGCAUCAUAUAGUACAACACAACCAUAACUGUAUGCAUUUUUUAACAAUUAGAGAUCAUAUAUCUGAUACGACAUCCUCAGAUAAAUUAACAUUUAAAAAUAUAUGUUAUAAAAUCAAGAUCGGCCUGCCACGUGGGAGGCAGCGAGGUGUCUGACGCCAUAUGUCCGAGAAUGGAACAUGUUAAUACUUCAACUCAGGCUGGGAUGUCAGCCCAAACGUCGGCGGAAGGCGUGACUGCUACCAUCGGCGGUCACGGAAGGGAAAGUGUCGUCAGCGGUCACACCACUGAGGUUUUGGGUGUAGGCUACCUCAGUUGCAACAAUACUCCCACAAACAACGAUCUGAGAUUCAUGCGCGCGGGUACCGAUGUCCUUGUUGAUUCGGACCAAGAGAGCGUGGCGUCGAUUUCAUCUGCUGUAGAGGAGCGUCUUCUUCGGAGUCCACGACCUAUCGCCAGCACCUCUAAGGUUGCGAAGCGGGGCACGUUGGGCCUAAAGGAAAAAGCCAAAUACAAGGCUGCAGUCCGCAUUCAGGCGCGGUUCGGCGGCAGAGCAAACCUGUCUGUUCAAGACAAGGAGAAGCUUGCCUGGGCCGACGCUUAUUUGCGUGAUAACCGCACCAACUUCUUAAAAAUCACGCAAAUGCGGAGCGGUUUCACCGUGGCUGCCAAUCCGAAGGUGGAGUCCAUGACAAGCAAGCGUCAACGGUCUGCUGAGAGUCCCAAGCAAGGGGCUCCAGUAAGAAAAAAGCAGCGACCGCCUGGACCACCCAAGCCAGAACAAAAUACGGACAAUAUUCCGAGACAGAACCCGAGAGCAACAGUUUCAGAAACUGCCAGGCGGCAUCUAGCCGUUGCUCUCAUCGACAGAGGAGACUCUAACGGGAAAAUGUCCGCAGAUCGGUGGCAGUUGACCCAUGCCAAGCUGGUGGACGCACUUUUCGUCAGGAUGGAGAACGCCCCAGACAGCCCAAUGCCUACAUUUAAAGGCGCGGGUUGGCUCAACGGGGUCAAAAUCCUAACAUGCAAGGAUGUCCCAACGUUGCUCUGGCUGAAGAAAACCGUUCCCAAGCUGGACGGCUUAUGGGAAGGAGCUAACCUGGACGUUGUAGAUAGAAAUAGCAUUCCAUCCAUGCCGAAAGCUAAAGUCCUCUUUCCUGUCGUAGUUCAAGGAGAGCGAGCACUUCAGUUGCUUAAGAAGCAGAACCCAGCAAUUCCGACGACUGAUUGGUCAGUGCUGAAGAUCGAUGAACCUUUACCAAAUAAUGGCGGACAGCACAUAAUCCUUCAGAUCAACAAGGAGGCCGAGGACAUGCUUUAUAAGCGGAACGGAAAAAUGGCGUGGGGCGUAGGGAGCGUGUACCUACGUCUUAAAAAAACGUCAUCCUACUGACAAGGACACACACACGUUGAGGUCAGGGGAAGUUGAGGCAGAUCUCGGUAUAGAAAGCAUGACCGACGCCACCCUGCAUCUCAACUUAACUGACAAGAUGGUGGAGGAGGGGGAGGAACUGUUUGUGCAGACGGACCACACUGCGAGUGUGCAAACCUCCAAUGAGCGUGCUGCAACUCAACCACUAUAAGUCUGAAACGGCUUUGGCGGAGUACUUCCUCGCCCUUGAGCCGCUUACGCAGCUUUGAUCCAGGAACCGUAAAUUGCGUCGGACUACUAGGUCCCCGGCCUAGAAUCGCCUAACUCUUCAUCCCGACAACGCACUGACGACUUAACUGUUGUUUCCUGGAGAGCUGAGAGGGAUGUAUUCCGCUAAGAUUCUGUUACAACAAACCUAGUCCUUCGGUAUUAAUGGGCGAGGUCUGAAUCUCCAAGAAACAGCUGGUCGUCGGCAUGGACGCCACCACCCACCAUAUCGUUGUGGGAAUGCCAGACUUCAAUAAAAGGGGUCUCCGUAAUUGAUUGUAUCCUAGACAAUAAGUUAAUCGUAGUAUAAACAAGUAAAGAAAGCUACAGUCGAGUGUACUCGACUGUGAGAUACCCGCUACCCAAUUUGAUUAAAAGCAAUAUAUUUUGCGGUAUUAUUCUCAAAAUAUACCGAAUAUACUGCAAAUAUACUAAAAAUACUAAGAAUAUACCAAAUAAUAUGUUUGGUAUAUCGAUAUAGUACACCAUUCAAAAUAUACCAUAGACGGCACAAUGUGCUAGAUUGUCGGCCAAAGCAACUCAGACCCCUAGUAAGUAGGCGUUUUUGCCCAUACAAAAGUAUUUCUUUAAUAACUUCCACAAUCUGAUCGCAACCAAAUUUUCAGGAAUCAUAACUACUAUAGUAAUUAUUGAAUAUACCAAAAUUCGCAGCUUUAGCUUUAAAAUUACGCUUGUUAUUUAAUUUUUUGAUUUGCGGGGGCGGAAGUGGGCGUGGCAAAAAUUUGAAACAAACUUGAUCUGCGUGCAAACAUAACAAUAGCUCUAUCUCUUAUAGUCUCUGAGAUCUAGGUGUUCAUACGGACGGACGGACAGACACACAGACGGACAGACGGACAUGGCUAUAUCGUCUCGGUUGUUGAGUCGGAGAUGCCUCCUUCUACCUGUUACAUACAUUUCCUGUCGGCACAAAGUUAUAAUACCCUUCUACCCUAUGGGUAGCGGGUAUAAAAAGGGAGGUACCCACUUACAUUGGAAUGUGUAAGAUUUCAAGAUUACAAAUGAAGGUUCCUAUGAUGAAGAUGUCUUGUGUCCCUUAUUUCUGGAGGAAAUAUUAUAUUAUUAUUAUGACAUAUGAAACCCUCAGCACGUGGGUCGCUUCGCAAGUUGCUCGCCUGAGCGUGUGAGGGCAAUUCGACGAAUGACUGGGAGUGACGGCUUUUAACUAUUUCCCUCUUAAGAUCGUGGCCGGCCCCGGUAACGUCAGUUGGGUGAUGGCCACUUUUAAUUUGAUUGGGGUUGAUGCAUGGCGAUUGUUCCGAAAAAAACAAUCAUCAAUCAGCUAUCAUCCUAAAUUGACUUCUACUGUGAGUUGAUGGAUGAAACUUAUGUUUUGCUGGAUCAUCCGAUGCAUUGAGAAAAGGCACAGAAUCAUGGUCAUGUCCAGUGAAGUAGAGGAGUGGCGAAGCAGCGAUGACUGAAAUUUUCUCCACCAAAGAGUUGUGGUUCAAAUACCUAGUAUUGUUUAUUACCGUUCAUUGAUGAGGAUUAUUGCUUCAUAAAUCAGCACGACUGCCAGCAGGUGGUUUAGUUGUGUGGGACUCCUGCGUGAGUUCCUCGGGCUCAGCUGUAUCGUAUUGACUUCUUGCAAAAGGUGGCCAAAUUUGUAGGCUUGCAUCCACCACUAUGUUAUCUUGGACUUGUAGGACAGUUUGGUUAUCGAAUACCGGGAGAAUUAUUGUUUUCUUACAUAUUUGCUUAACUCUAGGGUACUCAAUUAACAUGUAAAUUUCAUUAUCAGAUUGUACUAUUUUGAUUUUGAAUACUUCCAUUAAAUUGACUAUGAGGAGUUCUGUAGGGAGUUCUGGGUAGUUCUGUAUUUCUGUAUGGAUUAUUUGUAUCGAAAAUUAUUUGCAAGCGUUAUUGUAAGUAUUCAAUUCUGAAUUAGUAUUUCAUCCGUAAUUAGUAUUUCAAGUAGAUUGGAUUAUUUUCUUUACUUUAUCAGAAAGUUUAUUAAUCUACCUUUGCAUUUCUGUAUUAAUAAGUAUCUAUCUAUUUCUUGAAUCUUUUAACUUAUUCUCUGUCAUUCUUAUUUUAUCUAAGACUUCAGCGUCCGGGUCGACAUCGUCUCCGAUUUCCGCGACCGCAGCUUCGGGCGCGUCUGCAAGCUCAUUGUUUGCGGUUUGUUGAGCUUUAUUUUUAAUUUAAUUUUAAUUUAUUUAUUUUUUAAUGUUCGCGUAACUUUGAGUUCGAGUAACUUUUUAUGAUUUUCGUUACUUUUGAUACUACUUGAUUCUCGCGAAUUACAAAGGAUUUCGUUUUAUGAAUUUAUUUUUUGUAAUAUUUGGACAUAUUCGACAAUAAAAUAUCAUAUCCGGUUUAUAUAGAAGUUUUUAAUUUUAUAUUUGAUGUUUUAAAAAUUAAACGUAAACUAAUGUUCAACAUUUUUCAUAUGCCCUUACCUACUUAAAAGUUUUCUGUUAUAUAAACAUACAACUUUAAUGGAUUCCACAACAGUAAAUGAUAUUGUUAGAAAAAUCGAAAAUAACAUUAUUGUCAUUGUUGCAAGAUAUUGUUCAGCAGGGCUUCUGCCCUGCACUUUCUAGUGCAACCAUUUUUGAGACAAUUUGGCAUCUCUUUUAAAUUUACUUAAAAAUAAAUAGAUUCAUAAAAAUAUUUUUUUUUUUAGUUUUAUAACAUUUAUAAUACGUAUAUUUGUAAUAUAUUUUGUUUUAUUCUUUUAAUCUUAAGCAUAAUCAAGAUUUUGCCUUCUUGGAUCAAUUUUAAGAUUUUUCCAUUCCAAUUAUUUUUCUCAUUGGAGUCAUAAUAAAUCCUUUGUAAAGUAUAUCCAAUCUACAAUUAUUAUUUUGAUUUAAGAUUUUGCCUUCUUCAUUCAAUUUUAAGAUUUUUUCGUUAUUGAAACAAUAUUAUAAUAGAAUUGAGCAAUAAUAAAUUUUAUAAUACAUUUUUUUGCACUGACGAUCUAACUUUAGUGGUGAUGAGAGUUGCUAGCAACCUUUCAGUAGCAAUGUUGCAAUCCAGCUCGUGGGCCAGAUUGUCCCAUCAAAUAACGUGGAAUAAAUUAGUUAUAGCCCUAAAUAUAUUAAAUAUAUAAUAAAUAUAUUAUAUGUAGCACUAGAAUUAACUAAUAA